GGGGCCGGCCCGGCAGCCAUGGCGGACUAUGAGGCGGUGCAGCGCGGGCCGCUGCGGCUGAAGGGCGGCGGGGCCGCGGGGGCCGGCAAGCGGAAGAAGAAGAAGAAGAAGGAGAAGGCGCAGAUCGUGGAGCAGAUCGUCAGCAGCAAGAAGCAGGAGGAGGAGAAGAAGCGCGGGCUGGACAAGCAGACCCCGGCGCAGGUGGCCUACGAGAAGAUGCAGGAGAAGCGGCAAAUGGAGAGGAUCCUGAAGAAAGCAUCCAAGACCCAUAAGCAGCGGGUGGAGGACUUCAACAGGCACUUGGAUACUCUGACUGAGCAUUACGACAUUCCUAAAGUCAGCUGGACAAAGUGAAGGGACUGCCUUGCAAGGCUUGGGAUCUGGAGUUGUCUUUUGUUUUACUGAACAGGAUUGCCAUGUGAAUCCGUGUGCUCUCCAUACAGAUUGUUUAAUAUAUCUCCUGAACCUUUA